AUGAGUUCGGAGGCGGUGCCUGAGUCGAUCGCGAAGAAGCGCGAGCGCGAGGAGAAGUGGGGCGCGGCGAUCGCCAAGAAGGCGGCGGAGAGCAAGGCCAAGAACAAGCUCAUCCGCAAAAUCAUCCACCAACGCGCCGCCGCCUAUGACAAGUCGUACGCGCGCAAGGAGCGCGAGCUGGUGGAGUUGAAGCGUGAGGCGAAGCUGAGCGGCGGCUUCUAUGUCGAGCCCGAGCCCAAGCUGCUCUUCAUCAUCCGCAUUCGUGGUGUGAACGACAUGCACCCCAAGACGCGCAAGAUUCUGCAGCUGCUGCGCCUUCGCCAGAUCUUCAACGGAGUGUUCCUGAGGGUCACCAAGGCGACUCUGCAGAUGCUGCGAUUGGUGGAGCCCUACGUCACCUACGGCUACCCGAACCUGAAGUCGGUGCGCGAGUUGAUCUACAAGCGCGGGUACGGCAAGGUCAGGCACCAGCGCAUCCCCCUCACCGAGAACUCCGUCGUGCAAAAAGUGCUGGGGCAGAAGAAGAUUCUGUGUGUGGAGGAUUUGAUUUACCAGAUCUUCACGACGGGCCCGCACUUCAAGGCAUGCAACAACUUCCUGUGGCCCUUCAAGCUGUCGGCGCCCAACGGCGGCAUGAAGAAGAAGCGCCUGCACUUCGUGGAGGGUGGCGAUGCUGGUAACCGCGAGGACAAGAUCAACGCGCUCAUCCGGCGCAUGAACUAA